AAAAAAAAAAUGACUAACUACUUAAAAAGCUUUUGCAUUUGGAGCCUUAACUUCACAGCCUCCCCAAUUUGGUUGGAAUAACUCAGGACUUGACGGCAGCACAGAGAGGACAGCCGCCUCUCUCUUUUUUGAACUUUCUCUUGUUUUUUCUUUCUUUCUUUGAACACCUGAAUAAGCUUAUACACCAUUCUGAGAUUAUGUUGCGGGCAAAGCAGAUUACUACUAACUUUUCAAGUACAGCUCGGUCAUUUUUGCUUACCGGUUCCCGAUGUAGUAUAUCAGAUGGAAAUUCCUGUACCUGCCCUGAGGAUGAAUCUUGUGUUUCACGAAGACAGCAUAACACACAAUUGCCAUCCACCUCUUCCAGAGUAGGUGCUGUGAUCUUUGGGAAUGCCAUUAAAGUGGUGGGUUCCUGCAAAUCGGAGAGGGUAUCUGCUCCUAGUUCUUCAGAAAAAUCAGAUUGUGUCAGUUAUGCUAGUGGCAUUGAUGCUGCUCCAAAUGAUGUGCUCACGUCACCUCCUAUUAGUGACCAGUUUGUUAUGGCUGGUAUAGCUGCAGUGGGUUUUUUGUCUGAUUUAGUGAAUCAUAAGCUUCCUCUAUUAGAUGGAAGUGGUCUACCAAAUUCUUCUAAGAACUGUAUGGUUGAUCCCACCAGGCCACUUUCGGGUAUAAAAUCUACAAAUGUGAGGACCAUUAGAAGAGAAAACUUUUCCAAAGUUUAUACAAAAUCAUCUACUGAGACAACAGUGGUGUCAAGUGCUUCAAGUGACUAUCAUGGUGCAAAAGGUAAAGCUGAUAAAUCAAAUUCUCAAGGUUUCAAGCGAGUUUCAAAUUCAACUGGAGAUUCACUGGAAACCCAUAGUGUAUCUUCAGAUAGUUGUGACAGAAGGAGGACUAUACCACAAAGAUCCAAAUCUCAUUCAAAUCACUUCACCUCAAAUUUUAAUUCUGAUCAGCGCAGGUCAGGUGCAAAGUCUGUGGAAUGUGUCUCUGAGGGUUUGAACAAACCCUAUCGAGAAAUGAAAAUUCCUGCUGGAAUUGCUCCAAUGUCUCGUCAGUUUACUGGCUUUGGGAAUGUUGUGGAAAGGGUUUCUCACAUGUUGCGACAAUUGAAAUGGGGCCCUGCUGCAGAAGAAGCUCUUGGGAAUGUUAAUUAUUCUAUUGAUGCAUAUCAAGCAAACCAAGUUCUAAAGCAGCUUCAAGAUCAUUCGGUUGCUCUUGGCUUUUUUUAUUGGUUGAAACAACGACCUGGGUUCAAGCACGAUGAGCAUACAUAUACAACCAUGGUGGGCAUACUUGGCCGUUCUCGGCAGUUUGGUGCUAUAAACAAAUUGCUUGAUCAGAUGGUAAGGGAUGGAUGCCAGCCAAAUGUUGUGACAUAUAACCGUCUUAUUCACAGUUAUGGACGGGCAAACUACCUUAACAAAGCCAUUGAGGUGUUCAAUCAAAUGCAAGUAGCUGGGUGUGAACCUGAUCGUGUAACCUAUUGCACACUCAUUGACAUUCAUGCAAAAGCUGGAUUUCUUGAUGUUGCCAUGGACAUGUAUAAAAAAAUGCAAAGAGCUGGUCUUACUCCUGAUACAUUCACUUUUAGUGUUAUAAUCAACUGCCUUGGAAAAGCUGGCAAUUUAACUGCUGCCUACAAACUUUUCUGUGAAAUGGUUGAUCAGGGUUGUGUUCCUAAUCUAGUGACCUACAAUAUCAUGAUUGCCCUGCAAGCCAAGGCUAGGAAUUAUGAGAGUGCAUUGAAGCUGUACAGAGAUUUGCAGAAUGCAGGAUUUGAGCCAGACAAAGUUACUUACAGCAUAGUGAUGGAGGUUCUUGGACAUUGUGGCUAUCUUGAAGAAGCAGAAGCAGUUUUUGCUGAGAUGAGAAGGAAAAACUGGGUGCCGGAUGAACCGGUUUAUGGGCUUUUAGUAGAUUUGUGGGGAAAGACUGGUAAUGUUAGAAAGGCUUGGGAGUGGUAUCAGGCCAUGCUCCAUGCAGGUCUGCGCCCUAAUGUGCCCACUUGCAAUUCCCUGCUUAGUGCUUUCCUUAGGGUGCACCAGCUGUCAGAUGCUUAUAACUUAUUGCAGGGCAUGUUGACAUUGGGUCUGAGGCCUUCUCUGCAAACGUAUACCUUGCUCCUAAGUUGUUGUACAGAAGCACGAUCACCAUAUGACAUGGGGUUCUGUCGUGAGCUUAUGGCAGUCACAGGACACCCUGCACAUAUGUUCUUGCUUUCCAUGCCGUCAGCUGGACCUGAUGGUCAGAAUGUGAGAGAUCAUGUCAGCAAGUUCUUGGAUAUGAUGCACAGUGAGGAUAGAGAGAGCAAGAGGGGACUUGUAGAUGCGGUGGUGGAUUUUCUUCAUAAGUCAGGGCUCAAGGAGGAGGCUGGCUCCGUCUGGGAGGUGGCUGCACAGAAGAAUGUGUAUCCGGAUGCUGUUAAACAGAAAGCCUCGUGUUAUUGGCUGAUCAAUCUGCAUGUCAUGUCAGAUGGCACUGCUGUGAUAGCGCUUUCUAGAACACUAGCCUGGUUUCGUAGGCAGAUGUUGAUGUCAGGGGUUACUCCUAGUCGGAUAGAUAUAGUGACUGGUUGGGGCCGGCGUAGCAGGGUGACCGGAGCUUCUCUGGUGAGGCAAGCAGUGCAGGAACUUCUGCAUAUUUUUAGCUUCCCAUUUUUCACCGAGAAUGGCAAUUCUGGGUGUUUUGUAGGGUGUGGGGAGCCUCUUAAUAAAUGGUUGCUCCAAUCAUAUGUGGACCGGAUGCAUCUACUAUGAUUGAUUAUGUUUUUUGUUCUACCAUUGUAGUGAUAACACAAUUUUGUGGGAAGGAGAAGAGGUAUUCUGAUAUCUGGUGCAUUAGUAUGUAUUAUGUGCUCUUACAAAUUGUAAAUGAGAGAUUGAAGCCAGAAUUUGCUGGAUUA